GACAUACAGUCAUCGUCAAUCAACAGCGAAGCAAUAAAAGUCUUCUUCAAACUCCGCGAACGAUGCUACUGGGAAUACUAUUUGCGUUGUUAAUUUUAAAGGCUUCGGCCAGCCCAGAUGCAAGGCAAUUGUGUUCUCUGAGCACGAUUUGUUAUGAUGUUAAAUCGAUUAAAUCACAACUGCGUUCAAUAGGUGUGGAGCAGAAGCGGCAAGCAAAUCUUCUGGAAGACGUGAACAACAAACUUGACCCUUUUCUAAACAGAGUGGAUCCUGUGCCCUCCAACUGCUAUGAAGCUUUGAGGGGCACACAAAACAGUUCCAUUCGCACGAUCCUUGUGCCGGAGUACAGUGAGAGCCCGUUCGAGGUGGCUUGCGAUCAGUACAGAAUGGGAGGCGGUUGGACCAUUGUUUUGCGCCGAAGGGAUGGAAGUGAGAACUUUUACCGCGAAUGGAAGGACUACAAGCAUGGCUUUGGCAAUCUAACCAAUGAGUACUUUCUGGGCUUGGACAUACUACACGCUAUGACAUACUAUCAGCAGCAACAACUCCUGGUUGUUAUGGAAACUGUGCAGGGAAAGCAGGCCUAUGAGUUGUACGACAACUUUAGAAUUGGAUCAGAGAAAAAUGAUUAUACCUUGGAAACAUUGGGAACUCCUUCUGGAACCGCAGGCGAUUCACUGAAAUAUCAUUUGGGCAUGAGGUUUUCCACUAAAGAUCGCAAAAACGACUUAGAUGAAACGCGGAAUUGUGCUCAAGCUUUUACAGGCGCCUGGUGGUACAACGCGUGCCACAACAGCAAUUUAGCUGGUCAAUAUGGGGAUAAUACGACUGGAAAGGGCCUAUGCUGGUCCACAUUUAAUGGAAAAACAAACUCUCUGAGGCGUGCAACAAUGAUGAUUCGUCCAAAAACAAAUUAAAAUAAAUGUUUCUUAAAUGUUUAAUGUUAAUAAUAAAAGAAGAAGUAAAUUCUUUUAGUGAGCAAUA